GUCCACGACCGCGUUGGAUGCCUGGUUGAUACAGAGAUGAGCGGUGAUAACGUGAAGUUGUUUGUGGGAAACCUUCCUUUAGAUGCAACUCACGACGAGCUAAAUAAGCUCUUUGCACCAUAUGGAGAGAUCAACACCUGCUCUUUGCUCAGACAGUAUGCUUUCGUUACCCUGAGGGGAGAGGGGGCUGCCGACAGGGCCAUACGACAUCUUGAUGGCAAAGAGUACAGAGGCAGGCCCCUGGUGGUUGAGGAGUCACGCGCUCGCCCACCCAACUCCACCAAAGUUUUUGUGGGAAACCUCAGCGCUACAUGUUCAGCAGAUGACCUGCAUGGGUUGUUCUCAACCUUCGGAAGAGUUUUAGACUGUGAUAAAGUCAAAGCCCGGUUGUGCUCAAAUGUUGGCUAUGCGUUCGUGCAUAUGGAGAGGAAGGAGGAGGCCAUGGCAGCUAUUGAGGCACUCAAUGGAACCAUGUACAAGGGUCGGCAGUUGGCCGUCGAGCUGUCCAAAGCCCAACCUCUGAUCAACCAGAUUCUAACGUCUGGAAAUUCAGCCAGCCUCGGCGGUGGUGUAGCAGGAGGUGGCAGGGAGGGUCUUCUUCCGAGACCACCUCCAUCGCUAGAGCAUCACCAGAGUCAAGCAGCUGUGCUCGCAGCAGCUGCAGCAGCCGCGGCUGGACUGCCCAUACAAGUUCAACAAAGUGUCCACAACUCCUUCUACAACACCACAUCCUUUGACCCCACCUACGCUGCUCUGAAGGGCAUUACAAGCGCUAAAGGUGCAGAUGGGGUUAUAUACGGCGCUCUUGCCAGCCAGGUGUAUGGAGCCGUUGCUGACCAGGUUUACCAAGAUAUUGCCAAUCACAAUCCUGGACCCAGCGCCGUGGCUGAAGAAGUGGAGCCACUUACUGGACCAGAUCCAACAACACUUUUUGAGGCAGCAAGAGCCAAGUUCUUUCAGGAGGGACAGAAGGUUCUGGCAGAGCAGCAGGCAGGGAGAAAGGCAGCAUCUUCAGAAAAUGAGCGAGACCGCAGUCCAAUCAGAGGAAAUCGAGCCCCUCUCCUCCCUGACCCUGUUCCGGGCUCCUUUGCUCAGAUAAGACCCAAACGCCGCGCCCUGCUGCCGACACCACCUGGAGGACCGGAAGAGCCCCCAGCUGCCACCAACACACCUGAAGGGUCUUACACAGAGUACUACCAGCAAAUGCAACAGUAUCAACAGUAUCAACAGUACCAGCAACAGUAUCAGUACCUUCAGUAUGCCUACACCAAUCCCCCUCCCCCUCCGCCACCUCCUCCUCCUCCACCAGCCACCACACAGGCACAGGCCUCCACCACAGCCACUGCACCCCCAGGAACAUACUCAGCACCCCCGACCUAUGCCGCAGCAGGAGCCUAUGCACCGCCAGGAACAUAUGACACUUCGGGAAGUUACGACGCCUCAACGGGGAGCUACGGCACUGCACCUGGGAACUACGAUGCCUCGUCAGGAGGCUAUGACGCAUCUGGAGGCUACGGGGCACCGGGAGCAUAUGAUUCAUCAGGAGCUUACGCAGCAGCGGGAAGCUACUCCACAUCCACACCGUAUGAGCAGACACCCGCACACGGGCAACCCAUGCCCCAGCGCCAUGAUUACCCUCACCACACGCCAGAACCCCCUUAUCGAUAGUUCCACCCCCAAACACUCCUUCCACACUGCAGAUAUGUGUGUGUGCAGGUGUGUGUGUGUGCAUGUGUAUUUACAAAAGGGACAGUUUAAAGAGGAAAAUCAGUGAGGAAGCAAGGUUGUAAUUCGAAUGUGCUAUAAAUCUGAAGCAUCUCCCCUUUUCUCCAUCUUAAAAUAGUCUCUAACUAGCCUGCCUGUCAGUUGAUGGUGGUUGAAGGGCUUUGAACAAGUAGGGAAGGAGAUAUAGUUGGACAGCUAAUAUUGGAAUAUUAUCAUUCAGUUUCACAGUUUCUGGCAGAUGUUAUAGAGGCACAGCUGGAUCCUUGUUGAAUGUCGAAAAAGCUGAAAUGUUUAUAUGGACAAAGUUGGACUCAGAGGCCAGGGUAGGAUCAAGAAUCUUUUUGCUUGUACUGAAUCAAGGCCUUUUACCGCAAAGCAAAAUUCAUCACAGUAAGUCAUCAACUGGAUGAUCAUACGUUUUCAAAUGAAAAACACUGCGAAACUAUUAAAUAUCAAUAAAAACCUUUAUAUUUAAUUUGAACCAGAUGAACAUGAGCUAUACCAAAAAGCAAAAAUUACCUAUCCGGCACUCUGGCCCUAUUUCUGCUUCUUUUAAAAACUCAUCUUGCAGUGAUGGAGAUUCAGCUCUGUUGUAGGCUCAUUUCUCCAUGAUAUCAAUUUAAAAAUAUACAUCCAAACCCACACACAAGUGUUGGCGUAGGAACACCUUGUGUUCAGUCUGUAACAGGCUUCGGUUUGAAUUCAGCUGCAAUGGCCCUUCUGUACAAGCAAGUUUGUCCAGGCAUUUAACUGCCCGAUUAGUAACAAAUGUUGACAAGAAGAGAAAGCAGAGCUGAAGUGAAAUUGGGUUUGAGCUGUGCAUCAGCCAGGUUUUUGAUGGCUUCACUGAAGAACCUUUUUGUGAAGAUUGAGAAUGCUGAUGCUAAUUAUCUUAUGAAUAUGUUUCAGGCUGGUUUCACUCAGCUCACAAGUUUUGUGUUAAUUAAGCAUUUCCCACUCAAAGUGAUGACACACAAUGUUUCCCCCUCUUAAUUUGGGAUUAUCGAAAUCUUUGAUAUGGCAAAAAUUAGAAAUAGACAUUGAAAUUGAAGGUUAAGUGCGUAACUCAGACUAUAGUGCACCCUCAUUAACUCUGCAGCAUGGCCUACCUGUUGUAUUUGAGAUGUGAAGAAUGACUACAGAGUAAAUUUGUCUCCACACAGGCCUUCCUGUUAAGAGAGUUUGUGUAUUUUAUACAGGGUACUACCAGUCUAGGCUUAUGCGCCGUUGAAGUUUCAGUGGCAGGAGGGAUAGCUGUGGGGUAGAUGUGUUAACUUCUGACACGACUUGGAUGACAACACUUUAAAAACACAGUCCGGAUGUCCAAAUGUUUUCAGCAUUGUAAAUUUAAGUAUAUGACUUACAUGUUCUCUUGAAGCGUUUUGCCAUAAUUUAGCUUUCUCGUGUUUUCUUGCCGAACCCAGGCUCUCUGUGUGUCUCGAUGUUUACACAGACAAAUCAGGGUUGAACAAACAAGUCCCACUCUCAGGAGUUAAAUACAUCCUGUCUGAUUUUUUUGUGGUAAAGGGCGGUGUUUGCCUCUAAAACAUUAGAACAGAAGUAGUUCCCGUUUUUUCUUUCUUUCUAGUUCAGUCUUGUGUUGAAUUGCUAUCAGAGCUUCCUGUCUGAAAAGAAAAUCUUUUUCUUAUUUCAGGCAAUCCCCAGUUGAACCCAGGUUUUUGAUAUAUUUUGUCCGAAAAAACAAAGAGUUGUGUUUUUGUUUGUUUUGUACAUAUUUGAUAUUAAAAGCCAGAGGAUUUUCUGCAGGCAUCGUUUGGCCAAUGAUGUUAAUAUAAUCUGAUAAUUAUUAGAUACUUAAAUUUGGUUUUUGACAUUUGCUUUGGUUAGCUUUGGUUCCAGUGCCAUCACCUGCUGUCAGGCCUCUCUUCACAUUGAAAACCAUUGGUGAUUUAGAGGGAAAGUUGCGCUAGUUUUCAUACCAUAAAAUGUACAACUUGGUACUCGUGUAAAUACUUAAAACCUUAUUUUAAAUGCCGACCAACAUUUGGUUGAACGGUAAGAACACUGACUGUUAAUAUUAAGAUGAAGCGAUUGUAUUUCUUCCUAAAAAAAAUAGUAAAUAGACCAGAUGAAGUAGGGCAGUUGAAUUGUUAUGCCGGUAUGUUAGACAAAAAACGAGGUAGCCUGUUUGUGUGGCAGUGGCUGGAAAGGGUUGCAGUCGUGCUUGUAGUGAGUGGUGGGUGUAUGAACUAACGGCGCUGUAAAAUCAGACAUUGCAUACGUUUUGAAGUGAAAGAGAAAGGAUUCACAGUUUGAACUGAGAGCAGGUACAUUUCUAAUUUUUUUCCUAAAUGUGGUGCAGAGUGGCGAGUUGCAGACGUGUAAAGUGUAUGGUUAUUGACUGACUGGAUGCGAGGUGACAGUCUCAGUGCUACGGGUGAAUAUGAAGGUUGUUUUGGAUUUAGCGAAGGCCGCUGAUUUUCCCGAGCAGCAGUGAGAAGAGCCGAUGACCUUUUCCUUUUCCCUCUUCUGAUCUCACCAGAAACUCACACCUCAUUCUGACACAGGAUUAUUGGCUUUCUCUGCAAUCAUACCACACCCAGACAACCCCAACCUUCUAUCUAGAUCUUUGACUGGGUUCAUUGCAUUAUUCAUGUAAAGCAGACUUACACGUGCAAAUAAUUCGAAUGCACACCUGAUUCCACAUGUAUUUUAUAUGACAGUAGCUGUUCCGUUCGUGACUGUACCACACGCUAGUUACUCAUCUUAUUUCUCUUUCGCCACCUCAGUUGGUAGUGCUUUGUUAGGUUUAAGUGACACAUAGCCUCUCUAAAUUUCCACAUGAUUCCACCUGCUCCAUGUGAACUGUUAGUUGCAUGCCUUGUUGUUGCUGCUGCUCCAGCCACCUUCUUCCUCUUGCUGAUUAUUGCAGCUAGAGUGGGAGGGAGCCAAACUGAGCCCUUGCCCUGGACGUACGCCACACGCAGCUGUAGCGUGGGAUGGGGAAAACAGCAGCGUUAGGCCUGAAAAUGCUGUGGACGAUGGGGUGUCCCCUCACUAAGGUAAACACUCAGACCACACACUCCUGCCCCUCCCCGAAACACGCGUACACACUCACAAACACACACAUACAGAUACACCUGUGUCCAGACUUCCUAUUCCUUACCUGUCUCCAGGGAUUUUUCUCCAGAUUUUUGGAAAUGGAUCCCCCAUCCUUUUGUAAUGGGAGAUUACCUUUUCUUUUUCCUGCUUUUGAUUUUCCUGAUCAUAUCCCUACAUUUUUCCCCAAGCAUACUCUGCUCAUACAUUCCUGCUCCUGACAUACUAAAUGCUCACACACACACACACGCAGACACACGCGCACACACACAAACACACCCUAGCCCACACAAACACAAGAUUUGGAGGACACGUCUUGUCUAAAUCUGAACCCGUGUUGUUGUUAGUACAUCCCGUAUCUAACAGCCCGUCAUUCAAGUGUACCAGGCAAUCACAGCCAGAGCUGGACGUGGGACAUUUAGUUCGGAUGGGUUGACUUAGUUUUUGUAAAUGAGCCCCUGGGGCCACUUCGGGGUUAAGUGCCUUGCGUAAGAGCACAUCGGUAGGCCCUUCAUUUCAGAGUUGAAUAACCUGGCUCAGGAUCGGUUGCUGGUUCAACGCUCGACUCCCCCUCUCCCCUAAAACAGCGAUUUUUGAUGCCACAUUCAACUUGUAUGAAUGACAAUGAACACAAAUAUUAUCAUUUUGUUUUAAAUUACAUUUUGUCCUAUGUUCUUUGAAAUGUUUAAUUAUCAAUAAAUAAAUUCCA